GAACCUGGUUGACUCGCCAUCUUUCUCAUUAGAUCUAUAUAAUAAAUUUUCUCUUCUUCAUUAUCUUUUUAGUGAUAAUUAUUCAUAUAUAAAUAUUAUAUACGACAAUAAUAUAGCUUUGUAGUACAAUCCAAAUUCCCAUAUCUUCUUCUUCCUUUCAUGGCCGAUCGUUUUCUCAGUUUCAUAUUCUGUGAUCGGAUCCAGUGGAUACCUACCCAUGGUGUUGAAAAAGGACUGCUUCGAGGGGUUUCUUGGUAGGUAAUUGUUGUUCAAGAUUAAUAAUCAGUCUUAAUCCUCCAUUUUGUGUAUAAAAAUCUUUAUUCUUCUGCUUGCUGAAACUGAAUGGGAAUUAUUGAAUUAUUAAUGAUCUGCUGGUGUAUAAGGAGUACCAAGUUAUCUGAUUUGUAAUGCAAUCAUUUGGUGAUGAGAAUAAGAAAAAUCUGAAGCGUUCGAGAUCCAACUCUUGCAAUAUGCCAGUUACAGACUCCAACAUUGUUGAUGGAUGUAAUCUUUUCCCUGUUGAGGAGAUUGUACAAUAUCCGUUGCCCGGAUAUGUUGCCCCAACAUCAAUCAGUUUUAGUCCUGAUGAUAGUAUUUUAACUUUUUUGUUUAGUCCUGAUCAUACUUUGAGUAGGAAGGUUUUUGCUUAUGAUCUAAAAAGUUCCAAUCAAGAUUUGUUUUUCAGUCCGCCUGAUGGCGGGCUUGAUGAGACUAAUAUUUCACCAGAAGAGAAGUUGAGGAGGGAGAGGUUGAGGGAGCGGGGGUUGGGAGUGACACGCUACGAAUGGGUGAAGACAAGCUCUAAAAGAAAAGCAAUUAUGGUGCCAUUGCCAGCAGGGAUAUACUUCCAAGAUCUUUCCAGUUCAAGGCCAGAGCUUAAACUUCUGAGCACCCCGUCUUCGCCAAUUAUUGACCCACAUCUAUCCCCUGAUGGUUCAAUGCUUUCUUAUGUUAGAGACAGUGAGCUGCAUGUUCUAAACUUGUUGUACAACGAAUCAAAACAGUUAACAUUCGAUGCUAAAGAAAGUGCUGUGACCCACGGACUUGCUGAAUAUAUAGCUCAGGAGGAGAUGGACAGGAAGAAUGGAUACUGGUGGUCACUAGACAGCAGAUAUAUUGCAUUCACAGAAGUUGAUUCUUCUGAGAUACCCCUUUUCAGGAUUAUGCACCAAGGUAAAAGUUCUCUUGGCUCCGAUGCACAAGAAGACCAUGCUUAUCCAUUUGCUGGAGCUUCAAAUGUCAAAGUUCGUCUUGGGGUUGUUUCUUCUGUUGGAGGUCCUGUUACUUGGAUGGAUCUCUUAUGCGGAGGAAAAGAUCAACCAGAAAAUAACGAGGAAUACUUGGCCAGAGUAAAUUGGAUGAUGGGGAAUGUGUUAACUGUGCAGGUUUUGAACAGAUUGCACACCAAACUAAAGAUCCUAAAGUUUGAUAUCAGAACCGGUGAAAGGAAAGUUAUAUUGGAAGAAGAACAUCACACAUGGAUUAACUUGCAUGACUGCUUCACGUCGUUGGACAGAGCAAGCAAAUUUUGUGGGGGAUUUAUUUGGGCAAGUGAAAGAACAGGUUUUCGACAUCUUUAUCUUCACGAUACAAAUGGAAACCUCUUAGGAGCUAUCACUGAAGGAGACUGGAUGGUGGAACAAAUUGCUGGUGUCAAUGAAGCUUCAGGGCUAGUAUACUUUACCGGAACCUAUGAUGGGCCCUUAGAAUCUAACCUUUAUUGUGCUAAACUCUUCAGAGAUGAAAACGAACCCUUGCAGGCCCCAGUGAGACUGACUCAUAGCAAGGGGAAGCAUGUUGUUGUCCUUGAUCAUCAUAUGAGGAACUUUGUUGAUAUUCAUGAUUCACUUGACUCUCCUCCUAAGGUUUUACUUCGCUCCUUGCAUGAUGGUAGCUUAAUAAUGUCUCUGUAUGAGCAGUCAUACACAGUUCCAAGGCAUAAAAAGCUUCACCUUGAGCCUCCAGAGAUAGUUCAGUUACAGGCAAAUGACGGGUCUCCAUUAUUUGGGGCUUUAUAUAAGCCUGACGAAACAAGGUUUGGACCUCCACCUUACAAAACUAUGAUCAGCGUCUAUGGUGGACCGUGCGUACAGCUUGUUUCUGAUUCUUGGAUAAACACAGUGGACAUGAGAGCGCAGUACCUGCGAAGCAAAGGGGUCCUAGUAUGGAAGUUGGACAACAGAGGAACAGCUAGACGAGGAUUGAAGUUCGAAGGUUCUGUUAAACACAAGUUCGGUAGCGUUGAUGCUGAUGAUCAACUAACUGGGGCAGAGUGGCUUAUCAAACAAGGUCUAGCAGAAGCAGGCCGGAUUGGAUUAUACGGCUGGAGCUACGGUGGAUAUCUUUCAGCUAUGACUCUAGCCAGGUAUCCCGAUGUCUUCCGAUGUGCUGUUGCAGGUGCGCCAGUUACCUCAUGGGACGGAUACGACACAUUCUACACUGAGAAGUACAUGGGACUGCCGUCUGAUAAUCUGACGGCUUACGAGUUUGGAUCGGUUAUGCAUCAUGUUAACAAGAUGAGAGGAAGCCUGCUGAUUGUGCAUGGUAUGAUAGACGAAAAUGUUCAUUUUAGGCACACUGCUAGGCUUGUGAAUGCACUUGUGGCGGCCGGAAAGCCUUAUGAACUUCUGAUAUUUCCAGACGAACGCCACAUGCCUCGCGGGCAAAGGGAUCGGAUUUAUAUGGAGAAGAGAAUUUGGGACUUCAUAGAGAAAAAUCUUUGAGCUUAGUUAGCUUUCUGAUAACUUCUGUGAAUAUCUGAUGUUGUUUGGAAUAAGAUGCUUUUUUUGUUUUUUGUAAUAACACAUAUCCACGUAAAUUACUAUUUGUCAAAACCCAGGAUAUAUUCCAUGUCAUGGAACAAUAUAAUACUGUGGACUUCAUUCAAA